GUGGGGGGAAUCUCGCAAGAGGCGAUCCGGCUGCCCAUCAGGGAAACCCCACAGCACUUGGGGGAAAAAAAUCACUCGCGUUAUUUUAUUCAUUUAUUUUUUCUCUUUCCCUGGAGCAUUUGCCAGCUCCUCGCUGAUUUCGAGGCGGGUGGGAAGAGGUGGCCCCGGGGUUCCCGCUGCAUCCUCGGCCGGCAGAGCCGCUGGAGAGGAAGGCACGGCCAGGGGACUUGGGAGGGAACCUGGGAGGCUCGGGACGAAGCCGCCGCGUCCCCGUUAAUUGCCGCGGAGGAGUUAAUGGAAAGGAUCCCGUUCCCCGCUGGCACUUGGCUCUGGGUACGCGCGGACGGGGGCCAGGCCAGAGGGAUGCUCCCGGCUUUCUGGGGGCUGGGAAGGCAAGGAGAGGAGGGCUGUCCCUCCGGCAGGAGGUGGCCAAGGAAAGGGAGAGAAGAGGGGAAAGGCGAGCAGGAGAGGGGCGCGCGGCUCGGGCAGGGCGGCCGAGGGCUGAUGCCCCGGCUCGGAGGCAAAUCGGUAGCGCUGCAAAGAGCCAGCGCCGAGGUGAGGCCGCUCGAUACAGAGGGCUGCCUGCUGGCGCCGCCUUGCCCGUUUGCGGGGACACAGCCGGGGAAAGGGGGGGCUGGCCCUGCGGGAGGGGACCCCCGGGUCCUCCGGCAGUGUCAGCGCUUCUUCGCCCUUGCUUCAGGGCGCAAGCGUGGAAAGCUUUAGCCGCCCCGUUUAUCAAUAUUUCAGUGACAACGCCGUUAAAAGGCAUUGCCCCUGCGUAGUUUUACUCCGCAGGAGUAAUUUCCAUUGGGGUUUUACCCCACCCCCUCACUUCGGGAAAACUCCCGGCGUCUGGAGUAGCGGGCAGGGCCGGGGAGAGGCAGCGCCGGGCUGCUGCGGGACAGAGCGCUCGUUCCGACAACGGAAAGGGGACGGGACGGGGCGCUUGGGGCUUGCUGGGGGAGAGGUCCCCUUCGCCGGACGCCCCCCUCACCUGGGCCGCCUCGCAGGUGCCUCUGGACACAGCCGUGGAGCCCCGCUGCAUUUAGUGGAAGGCGCUUUAAUUAGGGUGGGGUGAGUGAGGCUAGCUCUAAGGGAAAGCGCUUGACCAAGGGGCUCGGGCAGAGCUGGGGGAAGGCGCAGUUCCCAAAAUGAGCGCCCGCAGCCCUCACGGACGGCACCCAGGGUCCCAGCCCGGCCCGGCCGGCUCUACCAAGCCGCUCAUCCCCAACUCUGUCGCGCCCCGUUAACCGCAUCCUUCUCUCGGCAUCAAAGGCUUUCCCCAGCACACACCCUGCUUGCGUUUUAAAUGCUCUCGGGGCUGCCCAGGACCCCUUCGGCGAUGGGAGAAGAGAAGCGUUCACCCUGCGGCUCAGGGAGCCGGCUGCCAGCAGCCAAAGGCUGCCCCGAAUGAGCCGUUUUGUCUGGCACGCUGCUUCCCUUGGGUCUUAUGAACGAACCUCACCGUUAACUCAAAAUAGGACUCGGGGAAGCCUGGGGCCAUUCCAGCCGAACCAGCCCGCUGGAUAAUGUUGGACGGGAGCUGGGAUCCCAUCUUUUGCAGACGCUGGACGGUUUCAUAUUCGUCGUGGCUCCGGAUGGCAAGAUCAUGUACAUCUCGGAGACCGCCUCGGUGCACCUGGGCUUAUCGCAGGUAGAGCUGACCGGCAACAGCAUUUACGAGUACAUCCACCCGGCAGACCACGACGAGAUGACCGCCGUGCUGACGGCCCACCAGCCCUACCACUCUCACUUCGUGCAGGAGUACGAGAUCGAGAGGUCCUUUUUCCUGCGGAUGAAGUGCGUCCUGGCCAAGAGGAACGCGGGCCUGACCUGCGGGGGCUACAAGGUCAUUCACUGCAGCGGGUACCUGAAGAUCCGCCAGUACAGCCUGGACAUGUCCCCCUUCGACGGCUGCUACCAAAACGUUGGCUUGGUUGCCGUGGGCCACUCGCUGCCGCCCAGCGCCGUGACGGAAAUCAAGCUUCACAGCAAUAUGUUCAUGUUCCGGGCCAGCCUAGACAUGAAGCUCAUCUUCUUAGACUCCAGGGUAGCCGAGCUAACAGGCUACGAGCCUCAGGACUUGAUAGAGAAGACCCUUUACCACCACGUCCACGGCUGUGACACCUUCCACCUGCGAUGUGCACAUCACUUGCUGCUGGUGAAGGGGCAGGUGACCACCAAAUACUACCGCUUCCUGGCCAAGCACGGCGGCUGGGUGUGGGUGCAGAGCUACGCCACCAUCGUGCACAACAGCCGCUCGUCGCGGCCCCACUGCAUCGUCAGCGUCAACUAUGUCCUCACGGAUACUGAAUAUAAAGGACUACAGCUCUCCUUGGAUCAGGUCACAGCUACCAAGCCGGCAUUCUCAUACGCAAAUUCAACUCCGACCAUAACGGAUAAUAGAAAGGCAAGCAAAUCUCGCCUCUCGAGCACAAAGUCAAAAUCAAGGACAUCACCAUACCCACAGUAUUCUGGAUUUCACACUGAGAGAUCUGAAUCUGACCACGAAAGCCAGUGGGGUGGGAGCCCCCUAACUGAUACGGCUUCUCCCCAGCUGCUGGAGCCCACGGACAGACCGAGCUCCCAGCACCAUGAUGUCUCCUGUGCCUACAGACAGUAUUCGGACCGCAGUGCUCUCUGCUAUGGUUUUGCACUCGACCACUCCAGGCUGAGCGAUGACAGACAUUUCCAUACUCAGGCCUGUGAAGGAGGCAGAUGUGAAGCUGGCAGAUACUUCCUUGGCACGCCACAGCCUGGGAGGGAAGGCUGGUGGGGCUCUCGGUCAGCCUUGCCCCUGACUAAGUCAUCCCCUGAAAGCAGAGAAGCGUAUGAAAACAGUAUGCCCCACAUAACUUCAGUGCACAGGAUUCAUGGGAGAGGACACUGGGAUGAGGACAGUGUUGUUAGCUCACCUGAUCCUGGCUCUGCCAGUGAAUCAGGUGACCGUUAUCGUGCUGAGCAGUAUCAGAACAGCCCACAUGAGCCCAGCAAAAUUGAAACUCUAAUAAGAGCCACCCAGCAAAUGAUAAAAGAGGAAGAAAACAGACUACAGCUACGGAAAACGACCCCCGAUCCACUGGUCUCCAUUAAUGGCACAGGGAAGAAGCAUGCUAUCUGUUUUGCAAACUACCCUCAGCAGCAGCUGGCAGGUGAUGUCUGCCGCAUCCCAGCAGUUGCCAACACUCCACCCUGUGAACACAUCCAGCAACGAGAUGGAAAGAUUAUGAGCCCACAUGAAAAUGACUAUGACAACAGCCCCACAACACUGUCUAGGAUAAGCAGUCCCAGUUCUGACCGAAUAUCAAAAUCUAGUUUGGUACUAGCUAAAGACUACCUGCAUUCAGACAUGUCCCCUCAUCAAACCCCAGGGGACCACCCAGCAGCAUCUCCAAAUUAUUACAGCUCCCACAGGCAGUACUUUGAUAAACAUGCUUACACAUUAACUGGAUAUGCCCUGGAGCAUCUAUAUGACACUGAAACCAUUAGAAACUAUUCAUUAGGCUGUAAUGGAUCACACUUUGAUGUGACUUCUCACCUAAGGAUGCAGCAAGAUCCAGCACAAGGACACAAGGGGACAUCUGUUAUAAUAACCAAUGGAAGCUGACACUUUUUUCUAAAAACUUUUGUGCUUUAAAAAAUAACCUUUGAGACCUAAUUGGAAGAUAUUAUAUGUUUUCAUGCCCUUGUCAUUACCAGCAUUUGAUAUACCACAGUGCACUAGAGAAUAACCUGAGGUUUGGGGGGGAUAUGUUAAGUUAACAAACAUUACUUUAAAAAAAAAAAAAUGCACUGGCUUGCAGGGUUAGAGGGAAUGGAGCUAAACUCAAAGUUGGUGAGGUGAAAAGGAUGGAAAACAGCUAGGUAGGGAGCACUUGGGCAGGGUAGCAGAGCUAUUUAUGUACACUGUGUAAGAGGUGGUUGUUUGGAAACACUGCCAAGGGCAGGCCUUGUGAAAUGCAUGGAAACCACAGGUCCCAGACAACAAAACUGCUAUGCACUCUUAACACAGAAAGUUGGAAGGUGUUCCUUUGAAAUACACAUCAAAAUGUGUACUUCUGGUGAUCUUUUUAUUCUCUAAAGGCCAAGUGUGUUAUGCUACUCCAUGGUAUAAAGCAUCCAUGGCUAACAAAUACAAAAUCAGAAAGGGAAGAAAUAAGGAAGAACUCCUCAGAUGUGUUAUUUCCAUGUGUACCCACAUGCCCAGCUAUUGCAUACACUUGAUCUGAAAGGAGUCAAAUAAGCAGUAUCCUUAUAAUUAGUGUGAUCAAAUAUUUACUUCUACUGUAUUUAAAGGAAAGAAAGAGAGCCUUUCUUGGUGUUGUUUUGAGAAAUGCAUAGGUCUUGGUUGUCUUGAUAGAGACAUGAGAGAUUGUCCUCAUAUAUUUGAAAGGUUGCACAAGGAGGGAAGUGGAAUGAAAUGGAAGAAAAUCACUGGGAGAAACAGGGUGAAUUGGGAGUGGUUCAAUAUAAAAGCGUUUAACCCUAUGGCUAUGUAUGCCAUGUACUAAUAAUUCCAAUAUAAAGAACAGUGAUUAUAAGUGGCCACAUAAUUAAGAAUUACUUUGAAACACAGAAAAAAAUCAAUAGAAUCAGAUUUUUUUUUCUAUUAAAAAAAAAAAAGUAACUAUGUAAGUGUAAGAAUUUGGCAAGAAUAGACAAAAAAUGUAUGGUGGUUCAUCCUAAUUUUGAUAAAAUUUUGGAGUAAAUUAAGAAAACGUGGAAGAUUGUUAGCACUCUGACAUACAGUGAAGUAAUCAGUAUGACUUUUUAAAAGGAAUAUGCAUUCUUUUCUUUCUUGCAGCGGAAAAUUUAGUGGAUAUCAGAACACGUUAGGAGUAUCAAAAUCAGUAAUAUGUACAUAAAAUAUACUGAGGAAAAUCAGGGUUCCAAUAAAUUCAGUUGCAUUAAAAAAGUUGAUAUUAUUGUGGCCUGUAUUAGACUCAUAGAAGACAUCAAAAGAGGCAGAGAAAUUUUUUGCAAUUUUUAAUAAUCUCAUGAACAAAGAGCCACUAAUUGUUUGGAAAAUAUUCAAUUAAAAACAUAUGCUAAAAAAGUAAAAUAGGGUGUUUGUAGGCACAGUUACUGUACCUGUCCUUCUUUGUAUGGCAUUUAUGUGAUGUUUCAAGGUUGACUGCAACAGGAGCAGGACCACCACUCCUUAUUAUAUCAAAGUGGAGGCAGGGGGACUUGAGGAGGUUACUAAAAUGAAAUUAGCAAUAAGUCUAGCUUCAUUUGUAGCAUUAAGAAUUUCAACAUAUGGGAUUGAGUCAUCAGUGGGACUAAAUAUAUACCAGCAUGCUACGGGUGGGUUAAAAAUAUCUAUUUUCAAAUAAAACUAAUCAGAAGCAAAAGCUAAAUAAUAACAUUAUAAGCCACGUAAGUAGGGAUGUACUUGAAAGUAGAGGAAAUUACCUCUCUGAACUUGGAAUAUUGUGCAUAGUUCUGAUCACUCCAAGGCAGAUUGUGAAUCUUGAAUUGAGUAGUACCUUACUCCAUAAGCAAUCUCUGUUGACUGCAGUGUGAUCACUCCUGGUGAAAUGUACGUUGAACACAAGGAAGAGCAAAACAGUCUGUUCUUUAUUAUCUAAAGCUCAUAAUAGAAAAGGUGGAGCAGAGCUCAGCAAAAAGAUAAAGAGACUGAAAGAUCUAAUAAAAACUUUAAAUAAACUGGGUCUGUCAUCUUUGUAAGGGAGAAAAGUAAGGGGGAAUGUCACUGGUGUGCACCAAGCUCUGCACGGAGGAGAGAUAAAUAAUGGUCUAAAACUAUUUGAACUAGCGACAGAAAUGAGAGACAGGGCAUUGAAUGUUAGCCAAAACAAAAUGAGAACAAAAUGAUUUGGCAAGAAGUGUAUUUGACUAACUGCCAAAUGAAUAACAAAGGUCAUAAAGAGAAGCAGCUAGGGAUUUUUGUUUGUUUGUUUGUUUUAAGAUAAAAACAAGGAAAGUAAUUGAGAGGAAGAAAAACAUUGACAACUGUUAACUUAGAGGAGGGAAUGGACCAAAAUGGACUCCUUUCAGCCCAACAAUUGUAUAUAUUCCUAAAGAAUAGGAAUGACAAAUUAUUUUUGAUAAAUCUAGUUCUGGAUACACUUAUUCCUAUGAAUAAUAUGGAUAAACUUGUAUUUGGAAUUUCAUUGUACAGUAUUCAAAUACAAUUUGCAAAGUGAAUUAGAGUAGAGGUACAUGGUAUCAUAUUAUCCCUACCUAGUACAUAUAAAAAUAAGUCUAAGUCUCAAUAUUAUUUCGUAUAACAGAGGAGUUUCCUAAACUGUUUCGAAGAAUGGGAUUUUUGUCAGCACUUACGUUUAUCACCAAGCACUCAGGAUCACCAAGUGCUUUUUUUUUUACCAGACUUUUAAUGUGAAAGGUUCUGCAGUGCAGCUGGAGCACCGUGGCUCUGAUCUAAUGUCCACAAGUAGUGAGGAGAGGACAGUUUGGGCACAGCUAUAUUCGCAUCCUGACAGGCACUUAGUAAAAACACUCUUACAAAGCAGACAGGCACAGUAUAGGACACUUGUAUUCUAUACAAUUUCAUCUAGGAGAAAAGCUAGUGUGCUAUGCAAUAAAAAAUCCCUAUUGUUAUUUACCUUAAGCCCAAAAUAAAACUUUCCAAAUUGUUGUUUUUUAUCCUAUUUUAACAGUCCCAGUCCACACCAGUAAGAAAUGUAACCAAAUGCACUGUAAUAAACAGGAUACCUGAUAUAUCAGUAGGUGGAAGGGUCCAUUCCUGCAGCCGUGUUGUGCUACAAGCAAGGGCUGAUACUCAUUUUCCUCCUGGGGUUUCAGUAAUUUUUGCUAACUACUACUUCAGUAGGGUCUCUUGGAGGUAGAUACGUUUUGUUAGCUAAUUUGCCCUCCUGCUUCUUUAGGUAGCCAGGAAUUUCUUCCUAACUGACAGAAAGCAUUGAAUGUUUAAAACACAGGCUCUGCAUGCUACAUGCUACAUGAACGCAAGUUUGCAAUCUUAAUUAUAACAUAUAAUAUCACUGCAGCUCAUAUAACAUGUACUUUUCAAUAUGAUAUAAAGCUUAUUUUUUCAAUUGCAUAUUUAUUUAAUUCAAAUUUUCAUUUAGUAUCCUUCAAGGAUGUAGUCUUCUCUCUCUCUCUCUCUCUCUCUCUCUCUCUCUCUUUUUAUUCUUUUUUUUUUCCCUUGCUUUUCUAGAUCAAAUAUUUUGGAAAAUUGAAAAAUGCAAGGCAUUUGUACCAAAUACAUUUCAAAUGUAUCAUAUUAGGUAAAGGUUAGCUUUAAGCAGGUAUGUAAGUUGUGAACUGGUACAAGAACAAUAUAAAUUGAUGUGUUGCAUUGUUUCUCUAACAUAAUAAUGUUUUGCUAUUAACACCAAAUUAAUAUUUUCUAGCUACUCCAACUACAGAGUGACCACAAAUCUUUCAAAUAAUUUCUUGUUGGCAUCAGUGGAUGGUGCAUUAUGAUAUAAGUGUCUCUUUUUUACUUAAAGAGGCAAAAGAAACUUUUUUUUUUUUUUUUUAAAUAAAAAAUUUCACCCCAGAGGCACAGAGUUUGCAGUUGUGGACAAAUCUGCACAGCAAUUCUUUAGUUAGAAGAAGAACCUUACUCAGCAAUUUCUCCCAUUGACUCAAAUGGGAAUAUUUGUGGAGUAAGGUACUACUUAAUAGACGUAAGGGUAAAAAAAAUCUGACUUGUGAGCUAGCAGGUUUGGGGGUGGUUUCUAUUUUGUUUUAUUUUGUUUUGUUUUUGUCUGUGUUUUGUUUUUGAACCUCAAGAUGUGAAUAUGGAAACUAUGAAAGAUAAUAGCUGUAAUGGCCAUGUUUCUGUAAUAGAGACUAUUUAUACGUGCUUUGGAAAAAUGAGCGCAUCUCUGCUGCAGAAGAGACUCGGAAGUGCUUCUUAAGCUUUAUAUGGCUUUGUUGAUGUGCCCGCAAUACUGCCACAGGUUACACAGUGAAACUCUGCUCUUUCAAACUCUUUUAAUAACUCUUAUCUGAUUCUCAUUUUUAUCUCUGGACUUGCAGCAUUUGUUCAUUAAUGUCCCUAAGUAUGUUAACCACCAUAUGUUCAAUUAUGUGAACAUCCUGUUGGGGAGAAACAAAACACGGUCACACAGUAUUUUUGGAAAAGGCACAGUCACUCCAGAAAAUCAGUCCCAAUCAGCUGUUGGGAAGGCCAGUUAGCCUUUCAGUCAAGGAACAAAACUAUGGUGUACACUUUGAUUUCAGACCUUCUGCAUAGAAAACUCUGUUAGGAGGAUUAUAGAAUAUGGUCCCAGGAUUAGGCCUAGCUAUGUCUUAUUUUAAGGUUGCUGUAGUUGUCGGCAAAUGGAUUCAGGCUCUGGCAUUUCCAUGAGUUGCAAAUUUACUUAAAACACAUAAAGGGCUAAAGGCAAUACAAGCUUUGUUAUCAGGAACAAUAGUGGAUGAACAUACUUUUCUGUAGGUAUAUUGGAUGAUCUCCAGAUAGCUACACUGUAUGGAGGAGAACCUAUGUUAUUUUAUUUGCAGGUAAUACUGAUGGUUAAAUAUGGUUCAGUGCUGUGUGCACUGAAAAAAAAACAACCAACCAACCAACCAAAAAAAAACCAAAAACAAACAAAAAAACAAAAAAAAACCUGCAAACCACAAUAACAGCAGCAGCACCAUCACCAGCCCCAGCCCCCAAAUUUAAAACAAGUAAAAAAACAUUUUAUUUUUUUUUCUGUAACCCGCUGGUUUGGCGCUAGUAAAGCCUAUUAGAGAUGUAGAUGAGGGUUUAGCAAAGUGUUUUUACAAAGUUGUUUUUUUAAAGAAAAAAAUAAUUAAAUAGUCUUCUGCUUGGAACAGUGAGAGCACUAGUAUGACUCCAUUUCACAUUUCCUUUGAGCAUUUAUUAAUGAAAAAGAUUAUGUGAGGUUAAACUUCACUGUGGCAUUUAUCUUAUGUGUACAAGAGUCCUGUGGAUAAAUCUGGCUCUAAAUUCCUAGGAAUAUGUCUCUUUCUGAAAAGAAAAUCUAUGACUAUCUACAAGGCUGUAUAUGAAAACAAAGAUCAAAUACACAAAGAUUUUUGUCUGGUUGUGUUCACUAUUUAACUCUCCUCACAUGGAAUUCUCAUGAUUCCCUGUUGUUUUUAGGAUUAAAAAUACAAUUUUUAAAUAUUUCUAUUUACUGCAGUUUGGACUGCAUGUGAUUUUUUUUUUUCCAUAUACCAAUACAGUGGGAAGUUUGAAAAUGCAAGAAAUAGUCUUGCUCACACAUUGGCACCUUUGCAUUUCUAAGGAAAUAGAGUCUAUUAGGAAAAGAUAUUUUAGCACACUGCAACUUUUUCCCAAGGUAAAUAUUUCAAUGAAUAAAAUAUGCUAAUCUAUCAAAAAAAAAAAAAAAAA